AUCAUAUGAAGAAAUAGGGGAGAAACAGUCCACGAGUGUUGACUUCGGAGAUACAUACAGCCCCCUGUGCGGGGUGAACUAUCGUCAAGUUGAGGCUAUGUUAGGAGGGCAAGGAUAAUAUUUUGUGGACAGGGAAUAGCUUCCCCACAUACAUCUCCAACUGACAUCAUCCGUUGGAGGAGGCGUACCUGAAGGCUGACAGGACGGCAGGACGGUGAAUCAAUUUCAAGAUAUCGAACAUAAAUAUCAUCCGUGUUCAACUUCAUCCCAACUUCACGGCCAUCAACUCUCCCGGCAGUGUCAACAAUCGCAUCACGGUACUCGUCACAUCAUCUCCAGGCACAGCAGCCAUGUGUUCCCCUACCGGCGAAUCAACACCUCAUGAAGUUCCCAAAAGAGCCGACGAUGGAGCUCCCAAAGAGCCCUUCCCAUGGCACAUCGGUGUCUACGACGCCCACUGUCACCCCACCGACACCAUGACCUCCAUCUCCAGCAUAAAGGACAUGCAAGCUCGACUCCUCACCAUCAUGGCCACACGCGGUCAAGACCAGGACCUCGUCGCCUCCGUAGCUGAGCAGCACGGCGUCACAAACUUGAACGAGCUACGCGAAAGUGGUUCAUCCGAAACCCCAAAGAAGGUCGUCCCAGCCUUCGGUUGGCACCCCUGGUUCUCUCACCAGCUCUACCAUGACUCCAAGGAAGAAGUCACGGAUGAUGUACAGGCGCACAAAACCAAGCACUACUCGGCCGUUCUAUCGCCCACUCCCGAUGCCGAUUUCAUCGCAUCUCUCCCCGAUCCCAUUCCCCUCAGCAAAUUCCUCCAAGAAACCCGCCAACGUGUGCUUGCCCACCCCACAGCCCUGGUCGGCGAAAUCGGCCUCGACAAAGCCUUCCGUCUCCCCUGGGGCAAAGCGGCGGACGAGUCCUCGCGCAACGGGGGGGACCUAACACCGGGCGGUAGAGAGGGAAGGAUGCUAAGCCCUCACCACGUCAAGAUGGCGCACCAGGUUGACGUUCUCAAAGCCCAACUCAGACUGGCAGGCGAGCUGGGUCGUCCUGUCUCUCUACACGGCGUGCAAGCUCACGGCGUGUUGUUCGACGCCCUGGCUUCGCUGUGGAAGGGACACGAGAAGGAGGUGGUCUCGCGAAAGAAGCAGAAGAUGAUUGCCAAGGGCGUGUCGGAGGAUUUUUCGUCUAGUAGUGAUGAGGAGUCCGACGACGACUCGGAAUUUGGGCUUGGGGAGGAGCCCAAGCAAGAGAAGGUCAAGAAGCCGUACAAACCGAAGCCGUUCCCGCCUAGGGCGUGUCUACAUUCUUUCAGCGGCCCGCCGCAGAUGUUGAAGCAGUAUUUGGAUCCCAAGAUCCCGGUCAAGUGCUACUUUUCGUUUUCGAUGGGGGUUAAUCUGGGGACGGCAGGUGGGGAGGCCAAGUUUGCGGAUGUCAUUAGGGCGUGUCCGGAUGGGCAGGUGCUGGUGGAAAGCGAUUUGCAUGUGGCGGGCGAGGAUAUGGAUGGGUAUUUGGAGGAUAUUGCGAGGAGGAUAUGUGAGGUCAAGGGGUGGGGGUUGGAUGAGGGGAUGAAGAGGAUAAGGAGGAAUUAUGAGGACUUUUUGUUCGGUUGAGUGUGG